GUCGAACAUGUCUAAGAAAUCAUGUCGCUUGUAGUGGCGGCGAGUAAAAGACUAUUUCGUCAAUGUCGAAGCUUGAGGACAACAAUCCGCAACAGAAGUGCUGCUGUGGACAGUGCACUUCCUGCAUUCAGAUCAAUAUGCGGAGAGGAUGGCGUCUCUCUGGGAGCUGCUGUCCGAGAACAACACGGAAAAGAUGAAUCCGUACACAGAUGCCGUCCACCGGAUGUGGUGGUUUUUCCGCGCUGUGUGGAGGAAGUCAGCGCCCUCGCCAAAGUCUGUCAUAGCAAACACCUUCCCAUCAUCCCGUUUGGUACUGGAACUGGCCUGGAGGGAGGGGUCGGAGCACUGAAGGGUGGUGUAUGCUUCAGCCUAAGGAACAUGGAGCAGAUUCUGGAUCUCCACCAGGAGGAUUUUGAUGUGACGGUUGAGCCUGGUGUGACCCGAAAGACUCUCAAUGCAAACUUACGAGACACAGGACUGUGGUUUCCUGUUGACCCUGGAGCUGACGCUUCGCUGUGUGGGAUGGCAGCAUCUAGCGCAUCCGGUACCAAUGCAGUGCGAUAUGGAACCAUGAGAGAAAACGUUAUGAACUUGGAGGUUGUACUUGCUGACGGGACUAUGAUACACACGGCUGGCAAGGGCCGACGUCCCAGGAAGACUUCAGCGGGCUACAACUUGACAAACCUGUUUGUGGGAUCAGAGGGCACCCUGGGAAUCAUCACUAAGACGACCCUGCGCCUCUAUGGUAUUCCAGACUCCAUGGUAUCUGCCGUGUGCUCCUUUCCUACGGUGCAGGCCUCUGUGGAUAGCACGGUGCAGAUUCUACAAGCUGGGGUUGCCAUCGCUCGCAUCGAGUUUCUAGAUGACGUUAUGAUCGACGCUUGCAACAAGUUUAGCUCUCUGUCAUACCCUGUCACACCAACUCUCUUCCUGGAGUUUCAUGGUUCUGAACAGAGUCUCGAAGAACAAGUCAACACUACUGAGGAAAUUACUCAAGCCAACGGAGGCUCCGAUUUUGAGUGGGCCAGGGAUGCAGAAAAACGGAAUCACUUGUGGAAAGCUCGCCAUGACGCCUGGUAUGCUGCUCAGGCUCUGAGGCCUGGUUGUAAGGCCUACUCUACAGAUGUGUGUGUACCCAUUUCUCAACUGCCUCAAAUCAUAGUAGAAACAAAGGCCGACCUGCUUGAGAACAAACUUACAGGUCCCAUUGCUGGCCAUGUGGGUGAUGGUAACUUUCACUGUCUGAUGGUACUUGAUCCUGAUGACCCAGAAGAACUCCACCAAGUCCAUUUGUUCAGCGAGAGACUGGCAAGACGAGCCCUGGCUAUGAACGGUACCUGCACAGGUGAGCACGGAGUGGGUUUAGGCAAGCGAGGUCUUCUGUACGAAGAGAUGGGACCUGAGACUAUGCGGGUCAUGCAGAACAUAAAGCACGCCCUCGACCCAAAGAACCUUAUGAAUCCUGGGAAGGUUUUUCUUCCUGAGGAAUAAUGUAAGCACUGAUUGCACUAAUGUGUAUUGUCAUUAUUAUUAUUUUGAUUUAAUUGUCAGAUUUAAUGUUGACAAAUUGUUUUGUUUAUUGAUCAUCAAAAAUAUAAUAGAAGAAAUUUGUAACAUAUUUUCUUCAAGCCUUUCUGAUAUUAUUUUUUUGUAAGAAUGACUUUUACAAAAUCCAGGAUUUGUGACCCACCCUGACAAAAAUAUAUAAAUGUAGAUUUUACUGUGCCAAAAAAAAGUGUCAGGACACAGAAUUUGAAGGAAAAAAUGCAGAAAUGUGAUUUGAAAUGUAAGAUUGGACCUUUAAACUUCUGGAAAAAAUAAAAUGUCCUGCUCUGCAGGACAGUUGUUUUA